GAGAGUGAGAGAGAGGGAGAGCAAAGGGAAGCAGUAUGGAUCCCACCGCAGACCGGCUAGCCUCAGCCGCCGCCCGGGGCCAGGUGGAAGAAGUAAGGGCGCUGCUGGAGUCUGGGGCGCAGCCCGACGCACUGAACGGUCUGGGUCGGAGACCAAUUCAGGUCAUGAUGAUGGGCAGCGUCCGCGUGGCGAAGCUGCUGCUGCUCCACGGCGCGGAUCCCAACUGCGCCGACCCCGCCACCCUCACGCGGCCGGUGCACGACGCUGCCCGGGAGGGCUUCCUGGACACGCUGGUGGCGCUGCAUCAGGCGGGGGCGAGGCUGGAUGUGCCAGAUGCCUGGGGUCGCCUGCCCGUGGACCUGGCUGAGGAACGUGGCCACCAGGUUGUCCUCAAGUACCUGCGCACAGCUGCGGGGGCCACCCAAGGCAGUGGCUAGCAGGUAUGGGCCCUGAGAAAGAUUCUGCAGCCCAGUAUUAAAGCAUUGCUGAAGCCCAAAACUCAAGACCUACUCCACGCACUCAAUUCUCUCCUGCAAUCUAGUUUCAACUAUCAAUGAGUUUUUGCUUUCCCCGCUUUUUAUAUAGCCAUAAAAUGUUUCUUAAAAAAAAAAAAAGCAACUCUGGUAGUGUCUUUUCAUUGGGUUGGAGUUUUCAGGAGUGUGUAUUCAGAGCCUGGGCAUACAUCUGAGUGUGUCCUUCCGCUUGCGAGCCUUUUACCUGUGAGUUUUAACCCUUAUG